GAAAGUUCCUGUGUUGCCUCCAUUCAGCAGAGAUGACUGCGCCCCCUCCAGCUCUCCCUAAUGAGGAAGCAGUUUCCCGGGCGAGAGAAAAAGGCUGGUCUGCUUCACAAAUAGAUAAUAUGUAUCAAGCUCUAACGCAGGCGCAUAAAGCAUGGGCGUGCAGAGAAGUACCCGUAGGGUGCGUGGUUGUCCGAGACGGCGAGGUAGUGGGCCGAGGCCAUAACCUCACCAACAAAACCCGUAAUGGCACGCGACAUGCGGAAAUGAUUGCCAUUGACGAGAUCCUAGCAAACUGCGGCGGCUCAGUCACCGAUGCCGGGUUUGACAGAUGUGAUCUGUACGUCACCGUUGAGCCCUGCAUCAUGUGCGCGGGUGCGCUAUCCCUUCUGGGCUUCCGACGCGUGUUUUACGGCUGCGGCAAUGAUCGCUUCGGCGGCUGUGGUUCCAUCCUUCCCGUCAACGAUGAAGGAUGCGGCCCUUGUGCAAGGCAAUCACCCCCCGGCUCGCAUGCGGGUCGGGGCUUCCCCGCCCAGGGCGGCUUGUUCCCCGAGGAGGCCGUGGAGCUGCUGCGGGAGUUCUACGCGGCUGGCAACCCAUGCGCUCCCCGCCCGCACCGACCGGUACGGAAGGAGGACUAGACCAGCAGGGUGGAUCAGGGGCAUGGCAUGGCGUGGUGCGGCUUCUUGGACAUGAACUAGGUAGCGAUGCAUGGUCUGCUGUCUGUGAGACACGGCGUUACUUUACGUGACUUUUGGCUUGUGUAGGACGUGUACUGAUGCAGUACACAUUAAUAAGAACUGCUGCAGCAAUCUGCCGUACUGAAAGUACUAUUAGUACCGGAACUAGGGGAACGGAGGGUUGUACGUUCACUUUUGGGUUGCGUGCGAGUUGCGGUAUGUGCGCAUGGGACACAGCACCCGACGAACGCUGUUGGCUUUGGGUUUGUACCGUAGCUAGCGGGCACUUUUCAUGUGUUUCAUUGCUGCAGCCGCUGCGCUGCGUAGCCUUACCAAGCUGCACCCUUAACUAGGAUAGAGACCUUACAGAGCAGUAGUACAGGUACAUUAGCAUAUACCUCGUGCUAUGCUCCAUGCUCCGCUGUCGGUCUGACAGCACUGGGUCCUGUCGUACCAAAUACCUCCGUUUGACUAACUCUUGACCUGUCUUGGCCAUGGGUUCUUAAAACUACCACGUUGCGUACUAAGGAUGACUUGCUGGCGACGUGAAGGGAGCUUUUUAACUUUCAGCACUGUUAGGUUAGCAUGCGGUAUUUGGAAGGAAUUCCUUUCGGUAAUGUCGUGGAAGUCUUGGACGCUGCAGUUGGUACGACACCGUGGCAGCAGGGUAUGUGCACCGCGGCAGGUGGCAGGCAACGUCUCCAAUGCCAGCGCGGCUAACAAAGCGUGCAUGGUUUUC